UGUCAUUCAUUCACUAACCUCAAUUAAUUAUUAAUUACAAAUUACAAAUUUUAAUACACUUUGAUUUUAAUAACAUAUUUUAUAUAAACUCCUUGUGGUCUAGAAAGAUAAGGUAAUAAAUACAUAUUGUGCAAUUAGCCACCAUGAACUCGACAGCUUUUAACAUAUUCCGGCAAGUAGGAUUGCUAGUAUUUACCCCCCAAUGUUUUGAUAAUUAUUUUAUAGAUUUUAAUUUCUACGAUGUUCCAUGUUUCAAAUCUACUCUAAGUCAGGGCCUCAGUUUGGGUCUCAUCUUAGGCUCAAUAUUAGUGAAAGUGCCUCAAAUACUCAAAAUCCUGCAAAACAAAAGCGGAGAGGGUAUUAAUUUAUACAGUGUUACGUUGGACCUAACAGCAAUGGUUAUUCAUAUUUCAUAUAAUUUUAUUAAUAAGUUUCCAUUUAGUUCUUGGGGUGAUACUUUUUUUGUGGCCAUACAGACUGCAGCUAUAGCCUUUUUAGUUUUGUGGUAUAAUGGAGCAAAAAGUCAAUCGUUCUUAUAUAUUUUAGUUGUCUUAGGUGUAUGCUAUGUAUUAAUGGGAGGACUUACACCUAUUAGUGUUUUAUGGUCUUUAACUUCUGUAAAUAUAUUUAUUGUCGUUGCCGGAAAGCUUUUGCAAGCUUGGACUAAUUAUAAUAAUGGACAUACGGGCCAACUGUCUGCAGCCACUCUAAUAUUAUUAUUGGCUGGAUCACUAGCCAGAAUAUUUACCUCAAUUCAACAAACUGGUGAUACAUUAGUUAUUCUUACCUUUAUUGCAAGUACAGCAGUUAAUGCAUUAUUGGUAUAUCAAUUAGUUUACUAUUGGGACAAAACAGUGAAAACAAAGAGUGAUUAAAGUAAUAGUUUAUGGCAAAUAAUAUUUAUUUUCAAAAUAUUUUAUUGUAGGAUAUUAAAUAAUAAAAUUUAGAAAAUAGCUAAGCUGUUAUAGCAUGAAAUACAUUUGUUGAGUAAUUUGUUAUAAAUUAUUUAAUUAGAUUUGUAAUAUAAGUAUUUUACAUAUUACAAAAUAAAAAUGCUUUGAUAAUU